GUUAGGAAGGUGGAAGCGCACAGGGCAGGGCGGCUGUAUUCCUAGCCAUUCCCCAGCGAGCAGGCAUGGAGUGCGGGCUCUGAUCUCCGGCCGGCCCCCCUCUGGAGAGCAUCAGACAAAGGACGCGGGGGGUAGAGCUGGAGCCGAGCAGCCCUGGCUGAGUGCAGGAGACAUGAUCGCUGAGUUGCUGAGCAGCGCCCUGGGGCUUGUCUUGUAUCUCAACAGCCUGGACGCUGAUUUCUGCUACGAUGACAGUCGGGCUAUCAAGACAAAUCAGGAUCUUCUUCCGGAAACUCCAUGGAUCCAUAUCUUCUUCAAUGAUUUCUGGGGAACCUUGCUUACUCACAGUGGCAGCCAUAAGUCCUACCGUCCACUAUGCACUCUUUCUUUUCGCCUUAAUUAUACUUUUGGAGGGCUGGAGCCCUGGAGCUACCACCUUGUGAAUAUCCUCUUACAUUCGGUUGUCACAGGCCUCUUCACAAACUUUUGUAAAGUCCUCUUCGGCAGUGGAUGCUGGACACUCUUUGCCGGACUUCUUUUUGCUUCUCAUCCAAUUCACACAGAAGCUGUUGCUGGAAUUGUAGGCCGGGCUGAUGUGGGAGCUGGGCUCUUCUUUCUGCUUUCAUUAAUAUGCUACGCAAAGCAUUGUUCAACAAGGGGCUAUUCUAUCAGCAGCUGGUGCUGGAUAUUCGGUGCUGGAUUAUGUGCAGCCUGCAGCAUGCUCUGGAAAGAGCAAGGAGUUACUGUAUUGGCAGUGUCUGCCGUUUAUGACAUUUUUGUUUUCCACAAAUUAAAAAUAAAUGAGGUUAUCCCUACAAUCUUUAAGGGCAAGAAUGUGUCUUUCGUUCUUAGCAUUGGCCUUUUGGUCGCCUGGGGAGCUGUAUUGCUGGGUGUGCGCUUUUACUGGAUGGGAAACAUGCCGCCAAGUUUCUCGAACUCUGACAACCCGGCUGCGGACUGUGAAAAUUUGCUCACACGUACUCUGACCUUUCUAUACUUGCCAACUAAGAACCUGUGGCUGCUUUUUUGCCCUGACACACUCAGCUUUGAUUGGUCAAUGGAUGCUGUGCCUCUGAUUAAAUCGCUCAUUGACUGGAGGAAUAUACACACUGUGGCCUUUUACAUUUUACUCUUCCUCCUUGCCUACACAAGUCUCAAGAGCUCGAGUAUAAAAAGAGAAUGCAAUGGGAAAGUGUUCAUGAAUGGCAAGCAGAAUACUAAUGGCCAUAGCUGUCACUCAGAUUUAGAAUACAAGACAACAGAGCAGAGGACUAGCAUUGUCUCAAAACUUGAAAAUGGUGUAAAAAACCAUAUCAACUAUGGAUUGCAACUUCCUUCUACAGAAAACAUAGUUGUUUUAGCUUUAUCACUAUUGAUAGUUCCCUUUGUGCCCGCUAGUAAUCUAUUUUUCUACGUUGGCUUUGUAAUUGCCGAGCGUGUACUCUAUAUUCCCAGUAUGGGAUUCUGUUUACUAAUAACCAUGGGAGCCAGAGCUCUUUAUAUUAAGGCCCAAAAAAGCUUUCUCAAGAGCCUCGUAUUUUUGGCCGCUGCUUCAAUAAUUGUUUUUUAUGGAAUGAAAACUGUUGUUAGAAAUGGAGAUUGGAAGAACGAAGAAAUGCUUUAUAGAUCAGGAAUACAAGUAAAUCCAGCUAAAGCUUGGGGAAACCUUGGGAAUGUAUUGAAAAACCAGGGCAAGAUUUCUGAUGCAGAAACAGCUUAUAGGAAUGCCUUGUACUACCGUAGCAAUAUGGCUGACAUGCUGUAUAACUUAGGCUUGCUGCUACAGGAAAACAGCAAGUUUUCAGAGGCUCUGCACUACUACAAGUUAGCAAUUGGUAGCAGGCCUACACUGGCAUCUGCGUACUUGAAUACAGGAAUUAUUCUUAUGAAUCAGGGAAGAAAUGAAGAAGCCAGAAGGACUUUCUUGAAAUGUUCAGAAAUUCCAGAUGAAAAUUUAAAAGAUCCUAAUGCUCAUAAGAGUUCAGUGACCAGCUGCCUGUAUAAUCUGGGGAAGUUGUACCAUGAACAGGGCCAGCAUGAGGAUGCCCUCUUAGUCUAUCAAGAAGCAAUACAGAAAAUGCCAAGGCAGUUUGCACCACAGAGCUUGUAUAACAUGAUGGGAGAAGCCUACAUGAGGUUGAACAAGGUGUCUGAAGCUGAGCACUGGUACAUGGAGUCUCUGAGAUCAAAGAAUGAUCACAUCCCAGCACAUCUUACUUAUGGCAAGCUACUGACCCUGACGGGACGUAAAAGUGAAGCUGAACGUUACUUUUUAAAAGCAAUACAGCUGGAUCCCACCAAAGGAAACUGUUACAUGCAUUACGGACAAUUUCUACUGGAAGAAGGGCGUGUCCUGGAAGCUGCAGAAAUGGCAAAGAAGGCUGCAGAAUUGGAGAGUUCUGAAUUUGAUGUAGUAUUCAAUGCAGCUCACAUGCUCAGGCAAGCUAGUCUGAAUGAAGCAGCGGAAUCCUACUACAAAGUGGCAGCAGAACUGAGGCCCAAUUAUCCUGCUGCCUUGAUGAAUCUGGGAGCUAUUCUUCAUCUUAACGGCAAAUUAGAAGAGGCAGAAGCCAACUACCUCCGAGCUCUUCAGUUCAAACCAGAUGAUGUUAUCACCCAGUCCAAUCUUCGCAAACUGUGGAAUAUCAUGGAGAAACAAGGUUUAAAGACGUCAAAAACGUGACAAUAAAGGACUAGAGACUUUUGGCCAAACAUUAGAUUAUACAAUUGGACCUGCAGGGAAUAGGGGAGCUGUGAGCAAGGCUUCCUGCAAGCAUUGGAAUGCCUAAUUGCUGCUAGUAGAGUCUUCUGCUUUGGCAAAGUCGCUGUUCCAUGUUUAAUUAAAAAAAGGGAAAUUAAGUUGUGGAAUUUAAAAAAAAAAAACCCUGCAAAAGGGAUUAGGAAAUGCUUGUAUUAGCCCAGAUAAUGAAAGGCACUUAAAGUGAGAUCUCUCUUUAUUGCAGAGCGACCGGUUGUGAAUAUUUCUUGAAUAGGCUAAAGCUAAUGGUAGCCUUUAAAGUUGUACAACAAGGCAUAACAAUAUAACUAAUUUUAAUUGCUAAAAUAAUUAACAUUAAGUUACAUGGAUCAAUCAUCUUUCAGAGCUAAUUCACAAAAUUUACUAUAUACUGUUACAAAAUCAAA